UUUAGAGGUGCAGUAGGCUGGCCUUUUUGACCCAGAACACAUAAAAGGAGACGAAGCAAAAGUCUAGCUUUACUUCUUCUUCUCUUUCUCUAUAGCUUGGUAGGCAUUGUUGUUAAUUGUAUUGGUAAUAAUACUCAAAUUAUAAUAACAAUAGUAAUAAUUAUAAUAAAGUUUGAAGUUGAAGAAGAGAAACAAAUCUGGGUUUGCUUUGCUUCAGGCUCUCUUUGUAAGAAAGAAGAGUUCGAAGAAGAAAAAGAUUUCCAUGUGCAGCGGUUCUAAAAGGAAACCAACACAGACUUGUUUCAUCAUGGAUACUGAUUCUCAUAAACAAGACGGGUUGUGUUAUAAUUUCUCAAUUUUGCUUGAAUUGACGGCCUCUGAUGAUUUGCUUGGCUUUAAAAUUGCUAUCGAAGAAGAGGGUCUUGAUAUUGAUGAGCCUGGUUUGUGGUAUGGUAGGAGAACUGGGUCUAGAAAGAUGGGGUUUGAAGAAAGAACCCCCCUCAUGGUUGCUGCCAUGUAUGGAAGCAAAGAUGUGCUUUGUUAUAUUAUUGAGACUGGACGUGUUGAUGUUAAUAGGGCUUGUGGUUCUGAUGGGGCUACUGCGUUGCACUGUGCUGCCUCUGGUGGUGCUUCUAGUUCACCUGAGAUUGUCAAGCUCUUGCUUGAUGCUUCUGCUGAUAUUGACUCUGUCGAUGCUAAUGGAAACCGGCCUGCUGACUUGAUUGCCAGAGGUUGUCUUUUGGGUUUCCAUUCAAGGAAGAAGGUAUUGGAGUCUCUGUUGAGAGGCGAUGCUGGUGUGGUAGAAAUAGAUGUUUUUUGUGAUGGAGUGGUUUAUGAAACGGGGGUACAAGAACAGCCUGAGAUUUUGACACCCCGAAUAUCUAAAGAUGGAACUGAGAAGAAAGAAUAUCCUAUUGAUCUCACCCUUCCAGAUAUCAAGAAUGGGAUAUAUGGGACAGAUGAGUUUAGGAUGUAUACUUUCAAGGUCAAACCUUGCUCUAGGGCUUACUCGCAUGAUUGGACAGAGUGCCCGUUUGUUCAUCCUGGGGAGAAUGCUAGGCGCCGUGAUCCAAGGAAGUAUCAUUAUAGCUGUGUCCCAUGCCCUGAGUUCCGAAAGGGUUCCUGUAGGCAGGGUGAUGCUUGUGAAUAUGCACAUGGUAUUUUUGAGUGCUGGCUCCACCCUGCCCAGUAUCGGACACGUCUGUGUAAGGAUGAGACUAAUUGCAACAGGAGAGUAUGCUUCUUUGCUCACAAGCGUGAAGAGCUUCGUCCUUUAUAUGCCUCAACGGGUUCAGCAGUGCCGUCUCCCAGAUCAUUCUCAGCCAAAGGUUCUUCCCUGGACAUGGUGUCUAUCACCCCACUUGCCCUUGGUUCUCCAUCAGGUGUGAUGCCACCUACGACUACCCCACCCUUGACGCCCUCUGGGGUCUCUUCUCCAAUGGGUGGAUCGAUCUGGCAGACCCAGCCUACUGUACCUACACUGCAGCUUCCUGGUAGCAGGCUGAAAUCUGCAGUUCAUGCCAGAGAUAUGGAUUUUGACAUGGAGUUGCUUGGUCUAGAGAAUCAUCGACGUCGACACCAACAAUUGAUUGAUGAGAUUUCUGGUCUCUCAUCACCAUCCAGCUGGAGCAAUGGCAUGUCUGCUGCAUCACCCUUUUGUUCUUCUGGUGAUCGAACUGGAGAAUUAAAUAGGCUCGGCGGAGUGAAACCAACUAACCUUGAUGACAUUUUUGGAUCUCUCGAUCCUACGAUUUUGCCUCAAUUACAAGGACUCUCAUUGGAUGCUCAAGCAACCAAAUUGCAGUCACCCCCUGGCAUCCAGAUGCGUCAGAACAUUAACCAGCAGCUCCGAUCUAGUUAUCCUUCCAAUCUCUCUUCCUCUCCUGCAAGGACGUCUCAGUCCUUGGGGAUUGAUCCUGCCGGGGCCACUGCAGCUGCAGUUUUGAGUUCAAGGUCAGCUGCCUUUUCAAAGCGAAGCCAGAGCUUCAUUGAGCGGACUGCUGUGAAUCUUCAUUCUGGGCUUUCUUCACCAGCUGCUACCACGACUCUGAUGCCUUCUAACCUGGCCGAUUGGGGUUCUCCUGAUGGUAAGUUGGACUGGGGUGUGCAGGGAGAAGAGCUGAACAAGCUGCGAAAAUCUGCUUCUUUUGGAUUUAGAAGUGGUGGCAGCAAUUUGGCCGCCCCUGCGGCCUCAGAGCCAGCAACUGCUGACGAGCCAGACGUGUCUUGGGUUCAGUCCUUGGUGAAGGACACCCCUUCUGUGAAAUCUGGUCAACUUGGCUUCGAGGAUCAGCAGCAGCAGUGUCAUCUUGACACUGGAGUUUCAGAAAUUCUUCCCGCUUGGGUGGAGCAAAUGUAUAUGGAGCAGGAGCAGAUGGUGGCUUAGUCCUGAUAAGCCCAAUAUUGGUUUUCUAAAGUUUAACUUAACUAGUUUUUUUUUUUGCCAUUUUUUGAAUUUUUAUUAAUAUUCAUCAUCUGUAAGUGGAAAGAGACGGGGUUUGGAGAGCAUCAAAGUAUGCACCAAGGAAGUUGAGUAGGAUUAAAGCUUCUGCUCUUACCACUCUUUAGGUUCUAAUCUAAGAAUAAGUAGUUUACUUCUUUUCCCCUUUAUUUUGGUUCUCUUUUUAGCUGUUCUCAUAGUCAUCCCAAAAUGGAAGAUGUGGGAAGCACAAUCUCCUGCUGAUGGGAGUAGAGAAGCAGAUUAGUUCAAACUGCCUGGAUUCAAUUAUUUCAAUUUACAGAUGGAAGAUAAAAAGACAUACUGAUUUAUUGGUUUAUUUUUGAAUAUGUAUCUACCUCAACUUGUAAAAUUAAUUACGCACCUAAUAAAAUCUUAGCAUAUUAUUGAGUAA